AUGAUUAGAGAUGCUAAUGUUAAUUGGUUAUGGGGAUUCUUAAUGUUGCUAAGUAAAGACGUAAUUUUUAAGAUCGAAGCAAGAGCUAUUAUAGAGGGUCUACACUUAGCAUGGAAGAAGGAGAUUUGGCAGUUAGAGAUUGAGUGUGAUAAUGCUCUUUUGUUGGAGACAAUUGUGGCUGGUGGAGCAGCUGAUAGUAAGAUGUUGGAAUUACACUUUAUUCAUCGAAUGAUACCUCUAAAUUGGAAGGUUUGUAUACGCCAUAUUCCGAAAGCUCAUAAUGCAUUCACUGAUCAUAUGGCUAAGGUUAUGGCUACAAGAUUCACAAAGGUCCAAGAGUUCGAAGAACCACCUUGUUCAAUGCAGGAUUUAGUUCAUGCAGAUUAUAUUGGUUAUAUAAGGAACUAA